AUGUUGGAGCAACAUGAAGAAGAAGAAGUUGGGGUGACUGAAAUGGAGUUGGAUACUAAUGUCCAUCACUUGAUCAGCUCACCUGGUUCAAUUUCUUGGCAAUUUCAGCACGUAAUGGAUCCUGGUAUGUUCUAUUUUGAUUUACCUUCUCUACCUGCUACUCCAAUGGAGGAGCUAACCCUAUGGACUCAUCAUCAUCAUCAAGCAUCAGUUUGCUCUUCCAGCAGAAAUAGUGCAUUUGAAGAGUACAUGAUCCACACUCUCUUCUUCUGCACUACACAUGGGUGUAUCCACAGUCGAUCCUUGUUCUUGCAGAUGCUCCAAGGUAUGAUCAAAGGGGCCGUUCAAGCUCUUGAUGCGCAGCUUCAAGAGGAUGGUGUUGCCGGAGGAACUUUGUCCAUGAGUGAUUGGCGAUAUGAGCUUCCAUCGGACUCCCGUCAAAGAAUGGCCAGCAAGAUCAUUGUAACUUUAGGGAGACAUCUCCCGAUAUCUGGACAAGAGGGACAGUUGGAACUUAGGAAAAUUGCUAUGAGGUUUGAGGAAAGGAUAUUUACUACUGCUAAAAGUCAGUCAGAUUAUCUGCGAAAGAUAUCUUUGAAGAUGCUAACUGUGGAGACAAAAUCCCAAACUCCUGUCUGCGAUGAAUCAGCGGUAGGCCAGUGUAUGCAGUUAGAUGAUGAAUCCCUACAGGAAGAGCCUACACCUCAUAAUCUACAAAGUGAAGAAGAGUGUGCACUGCUUGAUCCAUUUCCACAACGAUCUGUCACAGAACAUGGAAACCUGAAAAGGAAAGGGGAUACUGGUCCUUCAGGUCAGGACCAUGCCAUCUUUGAAUUAGGCAAUAAACAGAAAAUGGGUAAGAGAUUGAAAAAGACGUGGGGAAUUGGUGGAUCAAUUAGUUUAGAGGACCUCAAGCAGCAUUUUGGCAAGAAGCGUGAAGAGGCUGCAGAAAGCCUUGACGUGAGUAUCUCCACAUUUAAGCGAAUUUGUAGAGAAAACGGAAUCUCCCGGUGGCCAUCUAAAAAAAUAAAGAGAGACAGGCUUUUACUCUCCAAUCUAAGCAGCAAUGGAACUGUCCCAGUAGCUGGUGGCGCACAAAUAGCAAUCUCCACAACUCCAACUGCAUUUGCAUCUACAGAAGUUCUAGUCAAAUCCAACCAGCAGAAAUCACGGAGUUCUGAUCUGUCAUUAAAUAAUGAAAUUGGUACAUCAUUAAAUGAUGAUGUGCUAAGAAACAACGAAGGCACUGACGGAGAAAACAUUAUGAUUCCAGAGGGGGAUUCAGCCCCUCAAGAAGUCUUGUACAAACCACAGGAAUUUGAGUCUACCCAUGAUAGUCUCAACCCUGCAUAUUCAUUGCCUGAUGCUCCCACGAUACUGUCUCCGUUGCCACAAGAAAGAAUGCAAGAUAAGAAUUCAUCUGGCCAACUGGGAGAAGAGAUUGCAAGACAAAUAGAGAUGACUGAUGGGACUAGUCAUUUGGAGAAACAAUAUUUGGGAAGGGAAAUACUCAGUUGUAAUACUGAAAAGGAGGUCAUUGUCGCUGUGGAAGAGUCAUCAUCAUACGAUUUCAGAAAUGAUUCAGAGCCAAUUCAGGAUCAUCUCGCUGAUUUCACUUUUCUCCAGGAAGUUGAUAAAAAUCAAUUGAUCUCCAUGGAUGACUUCGAGUCUAAUCGUGUGAAGGCUCAAUCUACGGUUGAAUCAAAAUCUGAACCUUGCAUACAAACUUAUGCAAGGAGGAUGAAGUUGAUUUUUGAAAAAUUGAUUACGCUGCCUCUGGAGGAUCUCACUAGCCCAAAUCAUGAAGCUUCCAUGAAAGAAGCUUUGACCAUACUUGCUGGCAACCUCUCAUUGUUUACAAAUGAACAAGCCAAACAACUAUUGGAAUUUAAGUUUGACUUUCCAACCAUCACAUAUAGCUGGAGAGAUUGUUCUCAGAGCAGAACCGAUUGUCAAAAUUUCUUGGCUGAAUUUGAGAAAACUAAGUCGUUGUUGGAGACUGCAACUAAAGAGGAGGAGGAUCUUAAGGAUAGAUAUACACAAAUAGAGAACAAGGAGAAGGAAAUGAUGGCACAAUUGGAGGCAAUUCAAAAGGAGAAAAAUGAGAUAACUGAACUGAGUCGUCAAAAAAUUAACCAGACCAAGCACUUGGUUGCUUUGGCUGAAGAUCAAGCAGGUAGAACCAAGGAGAAAGAGUUGCAGAUGACUAUUGCCAGUGCUAAAUUAGACAAAUUAAAGAACCAAUGGGUUUCACUCCAAUCUUCCUUUAGUUAGGUUCUGUUCUUCCUUUUGGUUUCCCAGGUUUUCUUAAUAUUGAGUUGUACUUGCCUUUUUCUCUGUGUGAUAUAGUGCAUUUGUAUGUUUGUUCACUAAUUCUGAUUGUGAGCCCUUAAAAAAGAGUUAUUGUAUGUCCUCUUCUCUCUUU